CGGUCCGGAUACCGCGUUUUCUCAGCCACCACCACCGCGGUUGUCGCGCGGCGCCGUUCGCCACCGUCAUCCCGAAAAGAUUCUCCACGCGCUCCCUUCUCCCCCCGGGACUCGCCUCACCCAUCGUAUCGACCGCCGCCAAGCGUGCACAUCCGGAAAAUACGAGACGAUGCGGCGGCGACCAACGGUGUACGUUAUUUAUACGAAUAAAAAGCGAACGCGUGCAGCACGGGAAAUCAGAACGCGGUCCGACUCGUCGCCGACAACAACGCUCCGCCCGCCAACGUGUGUUUUCAUUCGCCGCGCGACCCACACGACCAUUCCGAUCCCGUCGAUCGGUAAAAAACACCAACGGUACAAUAAUAAUCGUUAUAAUAAUAAUUGUACGCUGCCCGGGCAAACGCGUUCGAUCGCUCCGUCGUCCAACUCGUUGAACUUUUGUCGUUACUAUUAGGCGUUAUUGUUAUCAUCGCUGCUGUUACUACACGGUUCGCGUUCACUGACGAAAUCGCACGUACCUACUCCGCUGCACGUAUCCAUUGUUUACCUGUUUGACGAGCCUAACGCGAUUCCCGCGCGAGUUCCACACGCUACGUGUGUAAACAGCCUCAACACUCGGCGGUGUAAUCCAUCGCGCGUUCCCUCUGUCGCCGUUGCAGAUGGUACACAGGGUGGUGACGGCCGAAGAAGAAGAACACUGCCCUUGGAUCGACCAAGACGACGUUCAGAGCCAGGAAAAAGUUUGGUUAAAAAGAAUCAUGUCAACUUCACCUGAUCAAUUCCUUGUCACGCCAACCGAUGAUCAGACACCAAACAGUGCCAUUUUUGAAGUACCAAGUUCAGAAUUGAAAAACAAUUAUAAAUUUAGUCCAAAAAAGUCAACAGGUACAAGUGAAUCGAGUCAAUUAUUUGAACGACCACCAUGGCAAAAAUUACUGUCAAUAUUUCUAGCUGAACUUAUUGGAACUGCAAUAUUAAUGCUAUUCGGUUGUAUGGGAUUAGUUCCAAAAUCUCCUGAAAGUGUACUUGGUCCGUAUAGUGGAGCUAUUUCAUUUUCUGGCAUUGUGUGUGUUACUAUUGUUAUCAUUGGUCAUAUCAGCAACUGUCACAUAAAUCCUUGUGUUACAUUGUGCGCCUUAUUAUUGGGAAAACUACCUAUUAUAACAGCUUUUGUAUAUAUAGUAGCUGAGUUCUCAGGAGCUCUUGUUGGAUAUGGAAUUUUAGUGGUUGUUUCACCUUAUAAUAUUUUGAAUACUGCGGAACCUGGAAUUUGUGUGACAAGUCCAGUUGCUGGAUUGACUCCUUGGCAAGCACUUUCAAUUGAAAGUAUGACAACUGGAGUAUUAAUUCUUCUUGUUUGUGCAGUUUGGGACCCACGUAGUGGUAAUGGAGAUUGUGGUUCUUUAAAAUUUUUAGUUAUCAUCUUCAUGACUUCAGUUAUAGUUGGUCCAUUAACUGGAAAUAGUUUAAACCCAGCAAGGUCAUUAGCACCAGCAAUUUAUAACAAUUCAUGGGAUAUGCAUUGGAUCUACUGGGUUGGUCCCUUUUCUGGAACAGUAGUAUCAACACUAUUCUAUAAGUAUGUGUUCAUGGCAUUAGAUAUUGGUGAACGAGAAAAAUAAU